AGCGCGGCCCCGCUCGGAGCCCCCCCGGAGCCGGCCCCGCUCCCCCCCGGGCAGCCGAGCUACGAGCAGCUAAAAGAAGAGAAUGCUAUUUUAAGAAGCAAGAUCAAUAAGCUUCAGAUUCUGUCUGAAACUCAAGCAGACAAAAUGAGGGAGCUUGAGAAGAAGCUUGAGGAAAACAAAAUCAAAGAAGAAAAAGAAGCACAGGAUUUGGAAGCAAUAGUGCAGCAUGUGGAGCAGAAUCUCCAGCUGAUGACUAAACGGGCUGCCAAAGCUGAGAACAGCGCUGCCAAACUGAGACAGGAAAAUGCACAGCUCCAGGCUGAGCUGAGGAAUUCCAGGCUGGAGAACGAGGCGCUGCGGGCGGGCCAGGGAUUGGCCGCAGUCAAGCAGAACGCGGAGGUGGCUCUGCAGCACCUGCUGCAGGUCACAACCAGCUCCCAAGCAUCCAUCAGGCAGCUGCUCUCUGGAGCAGAAUCCCUGCAGCUCGUCGCUGAUCUCCUGAAAUCCAUAGACAGAAUCUCUGAGGUGUCAGAGGAUGGACAGUGAAUGACUCACACAACACAAGGACUUUGUUUUCAUAUGGAAACCAUUACUAAAAAGUUAAUUUUUGAUA